AUGGAUUUUCAAGCGGCAACGGACGCCAUUAAAUGUCGCGCUUUCCAAAUCGCGCUUACUGACAGUGCACGUUUGUGGUACAGAAGAUUGUCGGCUAGGUUGAUCUCGACCUACUCACAGUUGAGGAAGGAGUUUAUUAGUCAAUUCUCUUCUCGACACUAUUACAGAAAAACAGCGACUCACCUCGCCACCAUCAGACAGAACGAGGGUGAGACGCUUAGAGAGUACGUCACAAGGUUCCAGGAGGAGCAGCUAAAGAUCGCACACUGUUCCGAUGACUCGGCCAUGUGUUACUUCCUCACUGGCUUGGCCGAUGAGACUCUUACGGUAAAACUUGGAGAGGAGGCUCUAGCUACUUUUGCCGAGGUCCUGCAAAAGGCGAAGAAAGUUAUUGAUGGGCAAGAGCUCCUCCGGACCAAGACCGGCCGACCAGAGAAGCAGAUCGACCAGAGGAGGUCCGACCAGGACAAGAGUAAGACUGACUCCAAGUCCAAAGACAAGGGACCAUCCUCCUCCAGCAACCGAGCUGAUUAUCGCAGGUUAGAUAGCGGUCACAACCGAAGCCGACUUUAUGAACGUUAUACUCCUACCACCAUCCCCAUCUCUGAAAUACUAACAAACAUUGAAGAUACUGGGAUGGAAAAGCUCCUCAAGCGACCGGAGAAGCUCAUAGGAGACCCAGAGAAGCGCAACAAAGAUAAGUAUUGCCGUUUUCAUCGUGAUCACGACCAUAACACUUCGAGUUGCUAG